AUGGUUAACAGCGGGACUUUCAAUCUGAAAGGUCUUGGUAAACUGAGCCAGAAAAAGACCAAUGGCAAAUCUCUGCUUGGCACCCUGCUUGCACCACUGCUGCCGUUGUUCCUCACUGACAACCCUACCCCCAAUGGCUAUCCAUGGAGCACCUUGACCUCUCACACCAACUACUACGAGGAUCACCCAAACACGGGUGUGAUUCGGAGGUAUGACUUUUCCGUCAGCCGGGGUACAAUCGCCCCGGAUGGAUACGAGCUUCCCGUUAUUCUCGUCAACGGACAGUUUCCCGGGCCCACCAUCGAGGCCAACUGGGGCGACACGAUUCAGGUGACAGUGAGCAACGACAUUGAAGACGAGGGUCUUGCCUUGCAUUGGCAUGGCCUCCAGCAGAAGAAGACGCCUUGGGAAGAUGGCGUCCCCGGUGUAACGCAGUGCCCUAUCCCACCUGGAGAGAGUUUCACCUAUCAAUUCGUGGCUGACAUGUACGGCACCACAUGGUAUCACUCUCACUACUCUGCCCAAUACUCUGCUGGUCUCUUUGGUCCCCUGGUCAUCUACGGUCCCCGUGAAAAGAAGGACUACGAUAUUGAUGUUGGUCCUGUAAUAUUGAGCGAUUGGUACCACAAGGAGUACUUUGACCUCGUGGAGGAGACCAUGCAGCCCAACGCCCCAGGCCCCGUUUUCUCAGACAGUAACCUUAUCAACGGCAAGAUGAACUUUAACUGCUCCAACGUGGAGAAGGGAGACAAGACGCCAUGCAACAACAACGCUGGCAUAUCCAAGUUCCGCUUCAAGCGCGGCAAGACGCAUCGCCUGCGCCUCAUCAACGCCGGAGGCGAGGGUCUCCAGCGCUUCUCCAUCGACGAGCACACCAUGACGGUCAUCGCCAAUGACUUUGUGCAGGUGCAGCCCUACGACACAAAGGUGGUGACACUCGGCAUCGGGCAGCGCACAGAUGUGCUUGUCAAGGCCGACGGCGAUCUAGACGCCUUCUGGAUGCGCUCCAACAUCUCUACAAAGUGCAGCCUGUCACACGCCCCGGACGCCGUGGCGGCCAUCUACUACGACGGCGCCGACAAGGACAAGCCCCCCGAGUCGCAGCCGUGGGACGCCCCGGACCCAGGGACGUGCGCCAACGAUGAUCUUGAGCUCACCAAGCCUGUCAUGCAGCUGCCACUGCCAAAGGCCGACCUGACUCUUGACCUCGAUAUUGAACUGUUUAAAAACGCGAGCAAUGUUACGCUGUGGAAGUUUGGGGGUGUUGACUUUAGGGCCAACUACAACAGCCCUACGCUGCUGCUGAGCAAGUUGGGUAACCACUCAUUCGAGGAGCAGUGGAACGUGAAGAACACGGGAGACGCCAAGAGUGUGAGGGUCAAUGUUAUAAACAAGACACCUGUCUCACACCCGAUGCAUCUGCAUGGUUUCAACAUGUAUGUCCUACAUGAAGGCCCAGGCACUUGGGACGGCACCAUCAUCAACAAGCACAAUCCCCAACGACGUGACGUUGUCCAAUUACAAGCCAACGGACAUUUAGUGAUACAGUUUGACGCAGCAGAGAAUCCAGGCGUAUGGCCCUUUCACUGUCACAUAGCCUGGCACGUUUCUGCAGGAUUCCUGGUGCAAUUCCUCACGAACCCGGACAAGGUCGAGAAGCUACGGAUCCCCAAUGUAGUGGCUGAGACGUGCCGGCAGUGGGGAUCGUGGACGCUUUCGAAUAUCCCGGCGCAGAUUGAUAGCGGGCUGUGA